GACCCUAAAGUGGACCUCGCCUAUAUCAAAAGAUUGCCCAACACUUUUCCAGACAAUCAGCUACAGACGUAUAGGCGCACCUCCUGAUGCCAUCGAGUGGACUGUGAUAAAUAUCACCGACGUUACAGUCGAUCAAGUUACCAUUAUGCUAAAUUGCACCAUGACUUAUGAGUUUCAGAUUCCUGACUGCUGACCAAUAAUCUUGUAAGAGCACUGAUGGCCUGUUUGGGGUGUUUGGUCGUCCUUCUGCUGUUCAUUGGUGUUUGGCAUUUCCAUAAGAAUCGGGUCACUAAAACGUUCAAAAAGAACUGCCGAAGAUAUUCAGAUUUUGGAGUUGUGCGAAAUCCAUCCAAUCAGAAAAGAAUUUCUCGAGGCACUGGGUGAAGGAGCUUUUGGAAAAGUUCACAAAGCUAGACUUAAGAAUAGUUUGGAUUUUUUUUGCAAGCGAUGAAUUAUAUGGUGGACGAAUCAGGCACUCAACGACUGUAGCAGUGAAGGAACUACAUGAAAACGCAAACGAGGAACAACGAAGAGAGUUUUUAGAAGAGAUUGAGCUUAUGAAGCAAGUGGGAAAACACCAGAAUGUGUUGAGUUUCCUCGGCUGUUGGACCACAACUAAACCUUUCCUUCUGAUGAUCGAGUAUGUAGCCCAUGGAGACUUGCUUCAAUGGUUGAGAAGAAAAAGAGUUCAAAUUAACAGUUCCACUAUCAGUGAGCCUGGAGGAACUAGUUUUUACGCCGAAAGCAGGAAUCUCAGAUCAGCUGCAGAAGAGGUCAGUGAUGUAAGUGACGAGAACAAACUGGAGGCAUGCAACUCUGUCCCAUCUCCUGAUGACACAUUACAACCUACUGAAGCUGAAACUCCUCAGGUGGUUUCCUUCACUGAGCUUCCAGGGGCGGACGUUUUGACGGAGAAGAAAGACGAGGAGUGCAGUGAUGAUUGCGAGUCAUUUGUCCCAGCUGAUCUCCUUUCCCUAGCUUGGCAGAUCGCAAAAGGCAUGGCCUACCUCUCCGGAAAGGGGCUCGUCCAUAGAGAUCUAGCGGCACGAAACAUUCUGGUUGGACACGGUAAACGGCUCAAGAUCGCCGAUUUUGGUCUAAUGCGAGAAAUGUAUCACGAACUGUAUGAGGUGAAAAAGCACUCAAAGCUGCCAGUCAAAUGGAUGGCGCCUGAGUCACUUUACAAGCAGAUAUUUACGUCGAAAAGUGAUGUUUGGUCGUACGGAGUAGUCAUGUGGGAAAUUGCAACUGUCGGAGGUUCUCCAUAUCCCCUGCUAACCAACAGAGAGCUCAUGAGACGCUUGAAGACAGGUUACCGCAUGGAAAAACCUGAUUUCUGCUCAGAUCAAGUUUACUCUUUGACUUUGGAUUGUUGGAAGCAAAACCAAGACGAACGACCUAGUUUUCAAGAGAUGGUUGGAAGACUGGAAGAACUGAUGCAUCAAGAAGUUGAAUACUUUGAUUUUAACCAAGUGGACGAGUCAAAAGAUUAUUAUCAGGUGCAGGAUUCAGAGGCUGAAGACUCGGAAGAUGAGAAUGACGAUGUAAAACUCUAACUUUACAGCAUGGCUGACAACGCUAGCUUAGUGUACUUUAUUAUUAUGACGCAUUUUAUUGAACUUCAGCGUGCCAGGAAAAGAAAGUUUCAAAGGGCGCACAGCGUAACCUAUGAAACUACACAUCGUUUCACUUAUAAAAAAGAUAAAAGCCUAUUUGCUAGCAUGUAAAAUUAUUUAAGAUACAACUAAUACUACUGGAAAUUUUGGCAGUCUUAAAUAUCGGAGUAGUUGAGCAGAGUGCUAAAAGGAGAGAAGUUUUGAUGAAGUAAGCCACCCGGUAUAAAUCUCCUUUCCUCUUCUUCCACCUUACUGUCAUCCCUGAACACCACUCUUGCGGCUCACGUGACAAGGAGUUUGUUGAUCCUGUGACACGUGAGUCAAAUACUUUUGGUGGGGAAAGGUUUAAGAGCAGUGAGACCUGUGACCCACGUCCUAAGAUCUGUUCAUGACCAUUAUCGUUGUUUUUACAAUCAAAGGUGCCAAAGAUCUAAGGUUUGAAUUCAAUGAGGGAUUUUUUUGACAACAAUGGUUCUAAGCAGUACCCUCUUUCGAUCUUUUAUUUCCCCUGGCAGCUUUUAUGACAUUUUUCAUGCAUGUUCGGGCUGGCAGUCCAUUGGGGAUACCAAAGGCCGUGGGCGCCUAAGCGCUUCAAAUGAGCUCGCUACACUACACCAAGACUAACAUCCUCGAUUUAGGAUUUAAUUAGCAUGUAUCUUCGGCAAAAUUAUUUUGGAGAGUAUCCUUUUACCUCAAAAUAAUCCAUUUCGCCCCAUAACAUGUGUUUUUAGUAAGUCUGUACAAGGUGUUGAAGGUCCCUGUUAAAUUCCAGCAUAUUCAACGUCUCCUGGUGCAAUACCCGGAAAACAUCAAAAUUGUGAACAUAUUCUAAAACAUUCCUCAUUCGAAAACAUUUAAUUUGAAAAAAUUAGUUGAAAUUUGUUAGUUGGAUUCGUAUCACUCAGAGAAUCAUCUAGAAAUAGCUAUGGUUUACAUCCACAAUUGAAUAAAAGUAAAUUAACGUACAAAGAAACAAAGCUGAACGUGUGAGUUUAGGUGGGAGAAGAUUUGUGUGGUAUGCAAAUUUUCUUGCGCUUUCAUACGCUUUCAUUGACACCUCUGUCUCCUCUGAAGGGUUUCCUCACAUUUUCAAACACCAUUAAAGCUUGGAAUCUUGCCCGCGUGCAAUGUACCGUCGUUCAAUACCAUUGAAGGCGAACACGCAAAGCACGCAAGCUGAAACUAAUGCAUGACUGUGGAUUAGGGCCGAAAAACUUAGCUCAUAAAUCAAUGUUUAGAUGCUUUCUUUCGCAAGAGAUCUUUAACUUACAAACGUCAAUCUGGUAUAGAGUGAGUUUGCUAUAAUUUGCGGGGCACUUCGUUUUAAGAAACCAUUUCAGGUGCCUCAAUUAUAUCAAGCGGGCCUUUGUUUCUUUCAUGUGGAUGCGCGUAUCAAAAUGCGCUAAAAUAUCUCUUGUGGUUGUCUAUUCUUUAUGGAGAUUAAAUGAUUUCAGUCUACUAAACAAGUAAAAUGUUUAAAAGUGCACGUUUAUUUGCAGGACUGCGUUAUCUAUCUUAAAAGUUAUCAUUCUGUGAAGAAAUUUCUAUUUGAUUUCUUCUC